CUCUCUCGUUUUCGCUCUCUCUCUCUCUCAACCCUAGAGUAGCAGCAAUGGCGGAUUGAGAGGAAGCCAUGAGCGUGGAUCGUUUCAGGGCCCUGAAGUUAUCGAGUCGGAAAUGAAGAGAUCGUCCAGUGGUUCAGAAUUUCCUUCCGUUCCACGAAUUUCGCUUUCCUGCAGUCGUCUUCAGCCGCAUUUCUCCUUCUAGUUCACGAAAGAAAGAUCCAUAAUCUUCCAUGGAAUCGUCCACUAUUCCUCUCGAAUCCUCCCCCUUAAGCUCGGACGGCCUCGAGGUGGAGCGGGCUUGGUACCUCCUUACCGUCUUGUUGCGGAUCGGCCGGCCUUGUCGCCCUGAAGAGAUCUCUGCUGGCUGCUCUCUCUUAUCCGUUCCGCCGGAGACCGUUAUCCGGAGUUGCUUUGUUCGGGACUCUCCGUUGUCCGUUACUGGCAAUUUUUUCGUCGUUCCGUCGACGAUUGCCACAUGUGCGCUGGGGAAUUUCAUGGCGAAGGUGCACAGCUCGUGCGUGUGGCCCAGGACUGGGGUUAUGUCUCCGUUGAAUGGGCUGAAACGGCCGUGGGAAGAAAAUGUGAAGACGUAUUCAAGGAAGCGAAAGUGCAUCAGCCUUAGGGUUCCAACGAGACUGCUGUUUCACUCUGGGAAGGCUAAGCUUGAUGACUUCUCCGAGGAACAGUCACCAACGGAUGUAAGGGGUCCGCUUCUCUUAGCUUCUUGUUUUCGGAACGGUCAAACGCCUUCUCCUCCGAAGAUUAUUGGAUCAGAUGAUGCGAUGCAGAAAGAAGUACUCACCAUGGCGAGGAAUGAGUUUAAUGUGACAUUUCAAUCUCAUAUUUCAGAAAAAGCAGAGUUGAUGCUUCCCCUAUUCUGUGAGUCUCAUGUUGUCUCGCCAAGUGUUAGAAGCGAUUGCCACGUAGAAUGUACUACUAGUAAGGCUGAUAUGAAAGAAACAGUAAAUGCUAGACAACAGGCAGCACGGUUAGCUACACACGAUUGUGGCAAGCUAGGAAAUACAAUGAGAGACAUAGAAAGUUCUCACACUGUUUCUGAUGUAAGACUGCAGGAAUACAAAGAGGUUGAAGCUGUUUGUCAAGCCAAAACCAUGCAAGUGAGAGAGAUGGAGAGAGAUGGUGCUUGCCUCCCUACAUGUCCAAUCAGUGAUUAUGUUGAUUGUAGCCAUGCAUCCAAAAAUUUGGGAGAACUUGUGGAUAUGUCAGAAAAUAGAGCAAGGAAUACAACAUAUCACGGGAUCAGCCAUGGGGAAGCUAAGAAUGAACAUGCUGAUACUAUAUUAUGCUCUAUGGAAAGAGAAAACAGAUGCAAUCAUGCACAAACCGUGGCAGAAAUUCCAGAGAGUCUUGAUGGUCACCCAGAAGGAAAUAGUAGACCGAAGUGCAAUGAUUCAGAAAUGAUCGGAGAAAUCCCGGACAGUUUUGAUGGCCAAGAGGGAAGUGUUAGGCAGAACGAGGCUUGCAUAUCUAGAAAAUUGGAUGGCCGUCAUAAACAGAUUGAAGGAAGGUUUGCACCAGGAAAUGGUGCUCAGCAAAGUCAGCUGCCAAAAAAUGAAUUUACACACCCAGAACUUGCUGAACAUGAAAGUAAACCAUCUGAACCUCCAGAGACCAAGGUACCUUUGAUCCAAAUGGUAGCAAAUGGCUCAAUGGAUGUCACAGAAUGUACGAACAAGAAGCCAUUGUGUGCAGAAGUGCAACUCCGACAUGAAUUUAUAGGAGAAAAUAAUGUUGCUACUACUUCCAAGCUUGGACAAAUAAAUUUGGAUGAGAAGUAUUGCUUUCCAAAGAAACAAAAGCGGAGCCGUAAAGAUAGCAUUCCUAUAAAAAAUAAUGGUCCAGAUCCUACACAAAAGGUAACAAAGAAUCGCCCACAGCUGAAAGAACUACCAACCUUUGAAUCUUUCAUAGUUGAGGAGGAGGAGGGUUCAGGUGGCUAUGGCACAGUCUACAGGGCUCGAAGGAAGCAUGAUGGAAAGAUAUUUGCUGUUAAAUGUCCUCAUCCUAAUGCCCACAUGCACCAUAUCAACAAUGAGUUAAAGAUGCUUGAAAGAUUUGGAGGUAGGAGUUUCGUGAUAAAGUAUGAAGGUUCUUUCAAAAGUGGCAAUUCCGAAUGUUUGGUUCUGGAGUAUGUUGAACAUGAUCGGCCAGAGGUGCUAAAAAAAGAAAUAGAUAUGUUUGAGCUCCGGUGGUAUGGCUACUGCAUGUUCAGAGCUCUCGCAGGUUUGCAUAAGCAGGGAAUAGUCCAUAGGGAUGUUAAACCUGGGAAUUUUCUGUUCUCACGUAGACUGAAUAAGGGUUAUCUCAUCGACUUCAACCUAGCUCAGGAUCUUCAUCAGAAGUUCAACACCGGCAGAAAUACCAAGUUCAGUUCAGACGGAAAAUUGCGUUCUAUCCAGCAUCUGCCUCCAAAUGUCAAAGAAUUACCUACUACAACCUUUAGCGCUGUAGCCGGUGGAAGAUCACUAGAGAAAGGUACUGGGCUUGGAGCGUCAACAAAAGAAAGUUCGUUACUUAGGGAAACAAACAAGGUGAAGCGGAUCAAUUCAUCUCAAAUAAAAUUAUUCCUUGACGUAUGCAAUAACAAUAAGUACAAAAGUCAAGGUGCUGAUUUGUCUGGAGUUACACCGACGAAAGAGGGUACAAGCACCAGAACUUCUGCUGAAAGAACCAGACUGCCUCUACCAUCACAAGGAAGGAAGGAAUUGAUCAAUAUGGUGGAAGAGGCAAUGCAAGGGCCUCACCAUCAGUUAACGACAGUCCCUUCAUCUCAACGAAAAAGGAUAGCUGCACCUAUCGGCAAAAUGGACAGAGAUCUUGUCUUCCUUAGUCCCAUGCCGGUGCACUCGAAUGGUUUUGCUGUUUCUGGCUCUGCUCCGUUGAAAAGUAAAGGUGAUGGAAAGCACAAAAGAGAAGGCCCCUGUGUUGGGACAAAGGGAUUUAGAGCUCCAGAGGUGCUGUUCAAAUCUCUCUAUCAGGGUUACAAGGUUGACGUCUGGUCAGCUGGAGUUUCCUUACUUUACUUGAUGAUUGGAAGAGCACCUUUUGUUGGUGAUCCUGAACAAAAUAUAAAAGAUAUUGCAAAGCUCAGAGGAAGUGAGGAACUAUGGGAGUUGGCCAAAUUGCACAACCGAGACUUGUCCUUUCCAAUGGACUUGUUGGACAUAAGCGCUGUACCUUCAAUGAAACUCCGGGACUGGUGUGAACAGAACAGCCGGAAACCCGACUUCCUCAAACGAAUGCCCGACUCGCUUUUCGACCUUCUUGAUAAAUGCUUGACAGUCAAUCCUAGGCUCAGGAUUGACGCAGAGGCAGCCCUUGAACAUGAAUUCUUCUCUCCUUGUCGUGAGGCCAUCAGGAACAACAGGAUUCGGAGACGAGGACUAACCUCAGAUGCCACAGCUUCGACGAUUAACAGCAUCAGUUGCUGAUAAUGAACGGACCCGGCUUGUACCAAGAGAGGGAGCCUUCACAAGUUCAGCUCAUGUUGUACCUUUCAUAAGGUGACGGAGUUCGGCUCGCGCAUGCGUCAAGAUGCCUAUCAUCCUUGUUUGUGUCUUACUGACUUGUACAAUACCUACCCCCUUCUCUGUUCAUUUCUCACUAAUAUGCCGCAUAUACGGGGCUACCAUGUAGCUCCCCUGUAAUGUAUUCUAUCUUCUGGUGGGUGCAAAGGAUGCACCAUCGUUUGUAUCCAUUUAUUUUUCAAAUCCAGAAUAAGGGUUGGCUA